AUGUCUUGUGCUGUGGACUCGGUUCGGGACCCUUUCAACAACUCAUGGAAAACCCUUCGUUUCCCCAACAUCAAACCCAGCGAACUUCUCCUUUUGUUCCUCAAAGCGGGUCUUGCGGCUUCAACCUUCUUCCUCAUAACUCUAGUUUUUCACCUUACCCUAUCCUAUAGCCAACCCCAUUACCAUAACAACAACCACACAUCCGUCAAAUACGUCGUCCAACCACAGAAAACCACCCAGGAACAACCACCCGCCAAUAUCUCCCACCUCUUCUUCGGUAUUGGCGGCUCUGUGGCCACCUGGGACACACGCCGCCAAUACUCAGAACUCUGGUGGCGCCCCGGUGUCACAAGAGGUUUUGUGUGGCUCGACAGACACCCAGGGAAUUCGACUUGGCCGGAGACCUCACCGCCAUAUAAGGUCUCCGGCAACACCUCAGCGUUCAAUUACACGUGUUCAUACGGGUCGCGAUCAGCUAUUCGUAUAGCACGGAUUGUGAAGGAGAGCUUCGAGCUAGGGGUGGAAAACGUGAGGUGGUUCGUCAUGGGUGAUGACGACACCGUUUUCUUCACCGACAACCUCGUUAUGGUGUUGUCGAAGUAUGAUCAUAAUGAAAUGUACUACGUGGGUGGGAAUUCCGAGAGUGUUGAACAGGAUGUUAUACAUUUUUACACAAUGGCGUUUGGUGGUGGUGGGUUUGCGAUUAGUUACCCUUUGGCGAAGGAGUUGGUGAGAAUUUUGGACGGUUGCAUUGAUCGUUACGCGGAGUUUUAUGGCUCUGAUCAGAAAAUUCAAAGUUGUAUCAGUGAGAUUGGAGUUCAGGUGACCAAAGAACCAGGUUUUCAUCAGGUAGAUAUACAUGGGAGCCCUUAUGGAUUGUUAGCGUCACAUCCGGUGGUACCACUGGUUUCGUUGCACCACUUGGACUACGUGGACCCAAUAUUCCCCAACAUGACCCGGGUUGAAGCCGUUAGAAAAUUGAUGACAACGUACGAAACGGACUCGGGUCGGGCCCUGCAGAAGAGCUUCUGUUACGACCUCCGUCGAAACUGGUCCGUUUCAGUGUCGUGGGGCUACAGCGUUGAGAUAUAUCCCUCUCUACGCACGGUCAAGGAACUAGAAAUGGCAUUUCAGACUUUCCGCACGUGGCGGAGUUGGAGCGAUGGCCCGUUUACUUUCAAUACUCGACCCGUUAGUUCUGACCCAUGCGAGAAACCAGUCGUUUAUAUGCUGGAUCGAGUUCUGAACGUGGGCGGGAAUAAGACGCGGUCUAUCUACAGAAGGCACAGAGACUCGUCGGGGAACGUGUGCGCGCGUGAAGACUACGUGCGGGUUUCAGUAGUCCAAUACGUCGACGUUUACGCACCGCACUUAAUAUCGGAGGCGUGGAAAAAGGCGCCACGUAGGCAAUGCUGCGAGAUAAUGAACGGGUCAGAUGGAAUGGAUAAAAACGUGAUUAGUGUCAAGAUGAGAGGGUGUCAUCGUUUCGAGAGUGUGACUCCUCCGUAG